AUGGUACCUCUCAUUUCAUUAGGGCCCUGGGCCUGGGCCGACUCUGAGUACGGCUUGGAUGGCCUGCGGCACAAUUUCUGGGUUUCUAAGAAUUGGGAAACAACCGAGGACAAAAUCGACUCGGGCUAUGACAGCAGUACGGCUGGGGUUGUGAUUGAGUUUUUAGUGGCCGACUGGGAAAAAUUGCCUGGAUUUGAUAUUGGAGCACAACUAGCCGGAAUGUGUGGUCUACUUGCUAUUGCAAUAAACGAGAAGAGGGUUUCAGUUACCUAUUACUAUAACAUAGCCGAUCAUGAAAUUUUCAAAUAUAGGUCAUCACGUUCGAGUUGGUCCUGUUACUUUUCUCCAGAGACCUCACUCGAGUGCAGAAAACGAGCCUACGAGCUUGUGCACGACAAGGCAGCAUGGCAGACAGGUGUUAUCACAGGAAAAGAGAACUAUAAUUCAAAAGACAUAUGGUCCGGGAGCAUAACUAGGGUAUGGGGCAGUCCUUGGAGUAUUAUGCAACCGACCACCGAGAUUAACGGGACCUUGAUUGUUCGUCAUCGGAAAAUGGAUCAUAGAUGGUGGAGAGCUCAGAAAUGGGCAAAAAGGAAUGAAAAUAAAUCUUUGUCCUCUGCUUCAGGCUAUACGGGUCGGUACAUGAUGAGGUUUCAGACCGAGUACACAUCCAACAUUAUGAACAAGGCCCGCCACAGUGCCUUUGGACGUGAAGCUGGGAAAAUGGUUCUUGAGUCAUCCUCUGAGUCUUAUAUCUAUUAUUUGCAUAAUCUUAGAAUAAAUGAGCAUGAUAUGGAAAAAUUCGUGUGGUCUAAUCACAAGCCAUGGGUCCCUCGGCCGCUGUUGAGCAUUCAUGUCAGAAUUGAAACAUGUUGA